AUGAUGGAGUGGGAGGCCUUCAUCCCUGAUCCUCCACCCAAACCCGAGGAGUUGGAGAUUCUGGAGAUCCGCGCAGAGGAGUUCCUAGUGGCGCUGGAAGAUGGCACCGUGGUGCCCAUCACCGAGGAGCAACUUCCUGCCUUGCAGGAACUGUUCGCCCAGGAGAAACCCGGGGGGGAAAAGCUGUUGGCGAAGCCGGUGGUGCAACCUCCACCUGAAGGUGAAGAUGGUGAGCCGAAGAUUGUCUUGGAGAGCUUUCGCGUGGGCGUCCCUGGGGAAGGGCUGGAGCCGGCGGAGGCUCCGCCUCAGGAGGAUGUUCCCGCCUGA